AUGGCAACAUCAUCUAAAAAGAAAAACGAUCCAACUAUUGAAGCUUUAUCUGCAUUAAUUGAAGAUCCAUCAACAGCUGAAAAUGACAAAGCUAAAUAUAUUUAUAAACGUAUUUAUAUUAAUUAUGAAAAAAAAAAUUGGAAUACUGUCAUUGAAGGUAUUAAAAUGUAUCAACAAAUUACUAAGUCUAAGAAACUUGAAAUAUUAAAAAUUAAAAGUGAAAUUCAAGAAUUUUGUCAUAAAUCUCGCAAAACAUUGAUGGAAUUAAACGAUGAUAAUGAUAUAGAUGAUAAUGAUGAUUAUGAGCAAUUAUUUUUAAAUAUAAGUCCAAAGAAUGUUGAUGAUUUUAUUAAUGGUCGAUCCACAAGCGAAUCAAGUAAAAAAAGAAAAUUAUAA